GGAUAUCAAAAAGAAAACACUUGCUUCAGCUGUUGCCUGUUUAGAAGGGAAGUCACCAGGGGAGAAAGCAACAAUCAUUCAUCAGCACCUUGGCCGCCGGGAAAUGACAGAUGUGAUCAUUGAGACCAUGAAGUCCAACCCAGCUGCCUGUAUGCUUUACAGGAGGUCAUUAAGGCACAUCUCUAAAUGUUUCUUCUAAAUUAUUUUGAUCAUGCAUGGCACAUGCCUGUUGUCCCAGCUACUUGAAGGACUGAAGCAGGAGGAUCACUUGACUUCAAGAGUUCAAAGACAACCUGGGCAACAUAGCAACACUCUAUCUCAAAAAAACAAAUAAAUAAAUAAAUCCUAACAAGCUGUAUUUGAAACACUCAUUGGUCGAGGAGAGCUUCUUACCACCUAAGUCAGCAAUAAGUGCAUCCAGAUAAGCAUAUUGUUUCUCCUGUGCUCUGCCAACUCAUUCCAUCUGAGCGAGUGGGUAUGUUCUGCAUCUCAAGCAUGGGGAUGGUCAGAACUGAUGAGCUAAAAGAUACAAUGGAAGAAAAGAAGUCUUCAGAAGCAUCCCUCACUGUGCAGAGAAGUAGAGAACAAAGUAAAGAAUGCAUAAAUGCAGCUCCUGAUUCUCCAUCUAAACAACUUCCAGACCAGAUUUCAUUCUUCAGUGGAAAUCCUUCAGUUGAAAUAGUUCAUGGGAUUAUGCACCUAUAUAAGACAAAUAAGAUGACCUCCUUAAAAGAAGAUGUGAGGCGCAGUGCCAUGCUGUGUAUUCUCACAGUCCCUGCUACAAUGACCAGUCAUGACCUUAUGAAGUUUGUCGCCCCAUUUAAUGAAGUAAUUGAACAAAUGAAAAUCAUCAGAGACUCUACUCCAAAUCAAUAUAUGGUGCUGAUAAAGUUUAGUGCACAGGCUGAUGCAGAUAGUUUUUAUAUGGCAUGCAAUGGCCGCCAGUUCAACUCAAUUGAAGAUGAUGUUUGUCAACUGGUCUACGUGGAAAGGGCUGAAGUGCUGAAAUCUGAAGAUGGUGCCAGCCUCCCUGUGAUGGACCUGACCGAGCUUCCCAAGUGCACAGUGUGUCUGGAGCGUAUGGACGAGUCUGUUAAUGGCAUCCUCACCACCUUAUGCAACCACAGCUUCCACAGCCAGUGUCUGCAGCGCUGGGAUGACACCACGUGUCCUGUUUGCCGGUACUGUCAAACACCAGAGCCAGUAGAAGAAAAUAAGUGUUUUGAGUGUGGUGUUCAGGAAAAUCUGUGGAUUUGUUUGAUUUGCGGGCACAUAGGAUGUGGGCGGUAUGUCAGUCGACAUGCUUAUAAGCACUUUGAAGAGACGCAGCACACAUACGCCAUGCAGCUCACCAACCAUCGAGUCUGGGACUAUGCCGGAGAUAAUUAUGUCCAUCGACUGGUUGCAAGUAAAACAGAUGGAAAAAUAGUACAGUAUGAAUGUGAGGGUGACACUUGCCAGGAAGAGAAAAUAGAUGCCUUACAGUUAGAGUAUUCAUAUUUACUCACGAGCCAGCUGGAAUCUCAACGAAUCUACUGGGAAAACAAAAUAGUACGGAUAGAGAAGGACACAGCAGAGGAAAUUAACAACAUGAAGACCAAAUUUAAAGAAACGAUUGAGAAGUGUGAUAGUCUGGAGCACAGGCUCAAUGAUCUCCUGAAAGAAAAGCAAUCUGUGGAAAGGAAGUGCACUCAGCUAAACACAAAAGUGGCCAAACUCACAACUGAGCUCCAGGAGGAGCAGGAAAUGAACAAGUGUUUGCGAGCCAACCAGGUCCUCCUGCAGAACAAGCUGAAGGAGGAGGAAAGGUUGUUGAAAGAAACCUGCGACCAAAAAGACCUUCAGAUCACCGAGAUCCAGGAGCAGCUGCGUGAUGUCAUGUUCUACCUGGAGACUCAGCAGCAGAUCAGUCACCUGCCUGCUGAAACCCGGCAGGAAAUACAGGAGGGACAGAUCAACAUUGCCAUGGCCUCCACCUCCAGCCCCUCCUCUUCAGGGGGCAGUGGGAAGCUGCCUUCCAGGAAGGGCCGAAGCAAGAGGGGCAAGUGAUCUUCAGAGAAACAACAUCCCUGAGACUGUUCUCCCUGGCACUGCAAGGGUGUGCUGGGACCUUUGGCUAAAUGGGAGGGUGGGCCCUAAUAAGUACAAGUAAGGAUCAAGCCACGGUCGUUUGGCUCUUUCAUUUGCUAGUGUGGCAUAAUGAAUGUAGAGGAUGCUGAGAGAGCAGAUGCACAUGGACAGUGUAUUCAAAGGUGGUAAGAGUUCAUUAACCUCAGACAUUCUAAUGACCAUUUUGCCUUCUUGCUUGGUAGAUGCCCCAACUCUGCUGUGCAUUUUUCCGUUGUAUUUAUUAAGUUGGAGUAUUUGAUGUUUAGUUCUAGGGUAGUUUUAAAAGACAUGAAGUUUUUUCAUAAUCUCAAAGGUAAUGUUACCUAGCACUAAACCUCCCAGCUGCUUUAAAGACAGAUUCCCAUUGGCUACUUAGGAGCUAGGAAAAUUCCCUAGCACCAGCCUCAUCUUAUUGCCAUCCCACCCUUCCUCUGGGGAGUUGAAGAAUUGUUUGAAUGUUAUAUGAAGACAGGCUGGGUUGUAAGCCAGGCACUGGCUUGUCACCAGCAGCCAUCUCUUCUUGCCCUAGGGCUAGCCAGGAAAAACAACCCAGGACAGAUUGAGUGAACAUAGUGUAGGAAAAAUGGUGGCAGUUCCACUUUGUUUAUUUCUGGUGACUCCACACAUCAUUGUGCACCUCAAAUAAGAAAGAGGCUUAAUGACUAUUCAAGAUUUAAAUCUCAGAGUGGAUUUCCUAGUAUCUAGCAAGAAUAAGAGGAGAUUUAUCAUCCACGUGAAAACAUAGUGUGAGGCCUCUGACUAGCUAAUUGUGUAUUUUGCUGGGAUCAGUAUUUUCUGAAUGUUUACAAAAGAUCCAACUGCAUGUUCAGGUUGCAGCUAGAGGGAGCUUGGGCAGAUUUUCAAUUAUGCUUUCAAGAUAUAACCAAAGGCUGUUACUAAAUCCUAAAAUUUGAAUUUCAACAGAGCCCCCUUUAAAACAGUCAUGUAAUGCUUUUUGUGGGCCAACAGAGGGGUGUAUACUUUCUCUAGAACCAGAAACAUCAAAUAAUUCAUGACAUGCCAUAAUUGAGUGAAACUGAAGUGAGAACCAUGUUGGAAUUUAGCUUCUAGAAGAGGGAGCUGGACAGGUUAACAAGGCAUACUGUUUAAAUGAUGGUUUUAUGUUUUUUUUUUUCCCCUGCUUUAUAAUUAGCCAAAGGUUUUAAAAUGUCACAUUGCAGAAUUGUUUUUAGGCUGUGAUUGGGCCUCAUCCCCUUUGACUUAAACAGUCUUACGUGUUGUUAAUUCAUCAGCUGUGUUGCUAAUCACCAUCCAGUUUGGGGGAUGUGCUACAGCAUUUCCCAAAAAAACCUUACCUGUAACUUUGCAAAAUGAAUGUACUCA